UAACACUCUUUCGAAACCAGGACGCCAUUGUUCUGCUACUUUUCACUCCAUUCACUUUCUGUAACCGACCAUUUUGAUCAAUUUUCCAGCGACCUUUCAGGCCAGAUUACCUGCAUUUUAUAUCGAGGAACGUUUCUUCCGGCAGAUCAUUAAGCAACUUAACCAUCCAUUACCAUUUGUUUGAUCUUUGAUCAACAGUUUCGAACAAUUUCAUCCUCUCUUUUCUGAGACCAAGGCCAUGGAGCUCGAGCUCACUGUCGUCUCGGCUAAAGACCUCAAGAAUGUGAACUGGCGCCAUGGUGACAUCAAACCGUAUGUGGUGGCCUGGGUGGAUCCCGACAGAAAAUUCUCGACUGGUGUCGACGAGGAGGGCGACACGUCCCCUGUCUGGAACAACAAGCUCACCAUCCCCUUAAGAGACCACCCUGAGGAUUCCACAUUGCAGAUCGAUGUGGUCCAUGCAGGCAGUGAGGAGAAGACCAAGCCGCUCAUCGGAUCAGCGACUCUGGCACUAAGAGAAGUCAUAGAAGACGCGGGUUUCGACCACGGCCUCUCCAAAACCCUGAAGCUCAAGAGGUCGUCCGGCCGCCCUCAUGGCAAGAUCGAGGUCGAAAUCCUAAUCCGCGACCGAUAUGCCCGGAAACCAGCCGCAGAGACAUACGACUAUGGCCGGCACCCGGCGCCUGAAUCAUACAGCGGGUAUGGUUAUGGUGCGCCUCCAGCCCCAUCAGUUUACGCCCCUCCCACAGGGGUGGGAUAUUACGGCGGGGCGGCCCCCUCUGGUGGGGCGCAUUAUGGUAAUUAUGGAGAGGCGGCACCACCGGCUGCGGGGUACUAUGGUAAUUAUCAGGCGGCGCCACCGCCGCCUGAGAAGAAGGGGAGCAAAAUGGGAAUGGGGACGGGGCUGGCGAUCGGAGCAGUGGGUGGUGUAUUAGGUGGGUUGGCUCUGGCGGAGGGAGUGGAUUAUGUGGAGGAUAAGAUAGCAGAUGAUGUUACAGAGAGGGUGGAGGACGAUUUAGCAGCUGAUGAGUAUGGGGAUGACUACUAAGAAUCUCUCUUACUGUUUCUCUCUCUCUCUCUCUCUCUGUGUGAUUUCAUGAGUGCUAGCGAUUUACUGGUAUGUUCCUUCUCUCUCUAAGGAUUUGUAGUUAGUGUGUUAACCCCCUCUCUCUCUCUCUCUCAAAGGUUUUUCAUCGGACUCUUAUUUGGCUUUUAAUAGACUAUUCAAUCUCUUGGUGUUGGUGUU